GACAAAAACAAGAUAAUGGCUCGUAUUACAAACUUUUCUGAUCUGAACCGUAGCUGUGUACUGUUUAUUUUCAAGUUUCUGAGUUUGGAGGACCAGCUCCAUCUGGCUCGGUGCUGUAGGGGCUUUCGGGACGCCUUUGUCCAACUGCACCGCCAUCAUUUCCACGACGUUAUUGACCGGGAGACGAAUCUGAGAACCCUAGAUGAUUGGCAAACGUUUCUUUGGCUGUGCGGUGGCAGUAUCAGGAGCAUCCAAUCGUACUUCGACGACGAUCAUCCCCUCCAACUGCUGCCAAUGAUCAGCAAGUACUGCUACCGACUCGAGAGUAUAACGAUAAACAAUGCGACGGUGGCCAGGACACAGCCGUAUUUGCUGAAAAUCACCUCGCUGAGGAAAGUGCACGUCCGCAACUACAAGAGCACUAGCAAGGAUUUGAUAAAGGCCAUGCAGAUACGCUUGCCACACAUAACCAGUCUGGGCCUGGAAAGUUUCGAGCGUCGGGAGUUGCAAGAAGUGGUACACUUCAGAAAUCUAGUGGAGCUCCUGAUGUACGACGAGGUAACUGCCUCGGAGUUCACAGCAAUCAUCAAACCCAUGAGCAAUCUGCGUAGUCUUCAGCUGCGCAACGCCAAACGAUUCCUGACCACUAGCUCUCUCAGGUAUUUGGCCUCAACUUGUCGCCAUCUAGAGAAGCUAUCUUUCAACGACUGCGAUGCCGAUCUGACACUUCUGUCACAGUUCUCUAAUUUAAAAUACUUGCAAAUAUAUUGCCCGGAAGAGCUGAAAGGGCGCUUCUUCAAAGCUUUGGCCAGCAACUGCUCUUCGCAUUUGGAGUUCCUCAUACUCCAUCGCAAACGGUGGAUCAACGAGGAGCAAGCCCAACACAUCAGUGCCUUAAAAUCGCUUAAGUGGCUUGUCUGCAAGCCCCGCGACGACAGCUGCGUACAACAUAUAGCGAAACUCAGCCAACUGGAGUGUGUUUCCUUUCAGUGCGCCCGAGAAAUAGGUGAACAGAAGCUAUCGAUUAUGGUGGCCAACAAUGAUCAGCUUCGCUAUUUAAACAUUUGUUACUGCCUGGGCAUAACAGAUUCCUUUGUCCUGGACACUUUGGAGAGUCUGGCCAAGCGUGCAUUCCAGCCUCUGCACCUGUUCGCAGCUGCCACCGACAUCAGGCACGACAUAAUGGAAAGACUACCGCCUGAUUAUCCCCUAAAGAUGCUCUGUCUGAAUUUUGAGUGCAGCGAAGGAAUAACUGGCAACAAUCAUUUUUAUAUUGAUGAACCAGAAUUCGAUCGCCAAGCUGUUUAAGGCUUUCGAUCGUCCAAUAAUUAUUCCGUUUUUCAUUACCAAAAAUCAAUCUAAAAUAUCUUUGUUUUAAACUUUUUUGUGAUUUUAUCACUUGAGUGAUAUUAGAUGAAUAAUGCACAACGAUG